GUGUUUUUCACCUCUAGUUGGCAAAGCUGUAAAAACUGUUCUUUGUUCAAAAAAUGGAGCCAUCCAAGUUGCCCAGUCAAGUUCCGAGUCAAGUUCCCAGUCAAGUAUUUCCGAUCGCGCAUCUUCCUCCGUCUCUUCCUUUAGAAAAGCGUUUUGUAGAUUGGGCGGACCAGUGGGAAUCUAGGAUAUGUAUUAACCAUUGGUUAGGGAGGUGCGAUCGUCCUCAGUUUUUGUGCCCAUUCAUUCACCUGCAAGCGUGUGAGUUGUCAAAAGGCCUCCCUCGGCAGUAUGAUCCGGUGCCAGAAAACAACUUCGACACUCCUGGCCCUCCGGCUGACAACGAAUCGGAUGGGUCCAGCGUUAGCCAGACGAAGCCGUCGGAAAAGCCAUCGAAAGAAGAGUAAUUACGAUAUCGUGAGCGUCGAAGUAGCGGAAUGCUUACGAGGGAGGUCUCCACAUUGUGAUAUUUUUGUACAUGUAUAACAACGCAUGCAAUGUUUUUGUGUCAAACAAAAGGUCAUGGUUUUAUUUAUUACAAUGCAUGCACAAUAGGAACAUAGUCUCGUUGCAAACCACAUGUCACGAGCAUGCACAUAUGUAUACAAUGUUCACGUUUCUGUAUACAAUAUCACGUUUUAGGUGCAAUGCCAUAUAAUGUGCAAUGUUUUCGUGUGAAAUAAAAAAAGUUUAU